CGCUCUACGAGCGCAAAGCUUCCCCGAAUGCAUGCCACAGCAUUGCGUGUUAUCCGCACGGCUCAUUCAUCAAUCUCCAGGCGCGCCUGUCGAAUAAUUGGCGGUGCAAGAUACCCACUCGCACAGCGAAGCUUCCACCGGUCUGCCAUUUCAUACAAUACACCAGACGAUUCGAAACCCGAGGAAGGAGAUAAAGACAAUGGUGCCGUACCAGAGACCUCGGAGAACAAAUCCGACCCUUUCAAGGUCGAAGCGGAAACGGAAUCGGGAGUAGAGCCUACGUUAGCUCUGUUGCCGAGGGUGAAGAAUGGGAAGCCGGGGUCAGGUCGAAUACGUGGUCUUCUUCGUUCAAAAGCGCCUGAAGGAGUUCCCCCUAUCAUACUACCUUCCUGGUUCUGGGAAAAGAACAUUAAAUUGGUCGGAGAAGCUGAUAUCAGUGGAGGUCUUACAAUCGAAGGGGAAGAGAAGCUUCCUAGUCAGGAUGAUGGUGCACACGUUACAGCAGAGGAUAAAUCUGCUGAGGAACCCGCUGGCUUGCCGCAUAUUGAACCUAUACCGACCGAUUCUGCUCGAUACUCGAUGCAUGGGGACAUUUACAAAGAAGUUGUGGCCGACAUAAGAGCAGGGUUGAUACUUAGGCCGCCAAAGAGCUCCAACAGCCAAACGUUUAGAAGACCGGUUACUGUCUUGCAAUGUCCUAAGGAGGGAGGAUCUCUGUUUCUUGACUCCAUAGUGGAAACCGUUGCUACGAGGUGUGAGGCAGAUCUGAUAUGUCUUGAUGCACAAGAUAUCGCCCAGAUCGUUGGACCAUAUAUUGACGAAGAUCCUUUGUUCGCAACUACGAAAUGGCAAAAUUACAAGACUAGUACGGUGUCUUACAAGGCACACAAGUAUGCGGGUAGGUUGGAAGAAUACGAGGAAGAGCCUAAGACCGAGAAAGAAGAAGAGGAUGUCGGCGAAGAUGAGAAACGAGACUCGAUAAUCGGCUCAUUCCAAUUUUUCCCCGCCUUACCGAAGAUGAAUAUGGCUCAACCAGGCUUUGGACGAGGAAGCCAAUUCAAAAUACAAGCUGGUAACGGUAUACCUGCUCCAUUAUCUUCACAAGAUCAAUGGAACGAUCUCAAACUUACAACAGCCUUCGAUGCAAUGAUCACUUCAGCCGAUGCCAAGCGUGCUGCUUCUUCUGUCGAGAUCAAGUCUUUGGAAGAAGCUCAAACAGACUCCGACUUGGUAGAGAGGCCGCUUAUAGUCCAGAUCAAGGAUUAUAGAGAGCUGCAGUCGGGGUCUCAGGAAGGCCUCGACCUCAUACCUCGACUCCGUGCAUGUGUUGAUAAGCGAUGGCAAGAGGGAAGGAGCAUCGUGCUGGUAGGAACAACUGCUAUGGCAGAUUUGGCCGCUCCCCUAUUGAGGCCAGCAAUCCAGCAUCUUCAAUCCGACGUUGUUGACGGCGACACCAAGACAAUUUUAGUAACACCAAAGCGCCUUGAAGAGAUCGACGUCGCCUUUGAGACGGACGAGAAAGCUCGAACUCGCAGUAUCAACAUUCGACAUGUCGAGGACAUGAUUUUGAGACUCGCCGAGGGAGUACGAGAUUUGGGUCCAAGCCUUGACCUCGAGAAAGACAUUGAUACAGCUGUUGCUUAUGCUGCCGGCAUCGAGGACGCAGUGUGGACGUAUUCACGUGUUCAUAGAAUAGCAACAACAAUAGUGGGCUUGGUGUCGGAGUCAGAAGCUGUGGAUGGUGUCGUGUUCAGCCAGGUACUGGGAAUGCUAUCGUCUAGCGAUGACGCCAAAUUCGCAUGGGCUACCGAGGAGAAUGCUCUUCUUCAAGAUGAAUCCGAUAAGAAGCGAGCCAUGGACAGAAUAGCAAAACUCCGCAAGCGCUGCAGUCCACAAGAAUCGAGACUCCUUAGUGGUGUCGUCUUCCCGCCCGACAUUCGAACAACAUUCGCCGACAUUCGUGCCCCACCUGAGACCGUCGAAGCUUUGAAAACACUGACCAGCCUAUCACUGACUCGUCCUGAAGCAUUCAGAUAUGGUGUCCUUGCGACUGACAAGAUUCCUGGACUACUUCUCUACGGUCCUCCUGGAACUGGCAAGACAUUACUUGCUAAAGCUGUGGCUAAAGAAAGUGGAGCUACCGUUUUGGAAGUUACCGCCGCUGACUUGAACGAUAUGUACGUUGGGCAAGGCGAGAAGAAUGUACGGGCCGUUUUCAGUCUUGCGAAGAAGCUUUCACCUUGCGUCGUAUUUAUUGACGAAGCGGACGCUAUCUUCGCUGCCCGUCACGAGGGUAUGAACAGAAGUGCACAUCGAGAGAUGAUCAACCAGUUCCUUCGUGAGUGGGAUGGUUUGACUACAGAUACUUCGGCAUUCAUUAUGGUCGCCACCAAUCGACCCUUUGAUAUUGAUGAGGCUGUUCUUCGACGAUUGCCUCGACGAAUCUUAGUCGACUUGCCCGUGGAGAAAGAUCGAGAAGCUAUCCUGAAGCUGCAUCUCAGAGAUGAGAUCUUGGAUGAGUCUAUUUCUCUGGAACAACUCGCCAAAGACACUCUAUUUUACUCAGGUUCCGAUCUCAAGAACUUGUCCGUUGCCGCAGCACUAGCAUGCAUCCGGGAAGAGAACGAACUGGCCGCCAAACACACAGGCGAAGAACCCUUCACGUACCCAGAGAAGCGAAUCCUGACAAAGAAACACUUCGACAAGGCAACAGAAGAGAUCAGCGCCAGUAUCAGCGAAGACAUGAGCACGUUGUCCGCGAUCCGGAAGUUUGACGAGAAGUACGGUGAUAGGAAAGGAAGGAGGAAGAAGGGUCCUGGUCUUGGGUUUGGAGGGACUAAGGUUGAAGAGAAGGACUCCGAGGCUGUGAGGGUCAGGAAGAUGGGGUUGUGAUGGUGUGCAUAUACUUAUAUUGCAUGGAAUGGCGCUUUGGCUUUGGUUGCAUAUCUAUUAUCCUCGGCAGGAAGGGAAACCUUGCUGAGGAUUGUAUAAAAAAUUGUAAUUGUAGAUAGAGAUCAAUGUCAAUAACGAUUGUGGAAUAUAUCUGGG